AUGGCACCUCCCGUUGGCCGCAUCGCCACCGACGUUGUGGUCCGCUCGUCGAAGCGCGUGCCCUCUCUAGCCGCACCACGCAGCUACCCUCUCGCCAGCACUAUCAUCUGUGCCUCUCUUCGCUCCACGGUCACGGCUGCGGCUGUUGCUGAGCCAGGCACCGUCGCGUCACCGGCGAGCGCGCUGGUGUGCAGCAGCCGCACCUUCUACGACAAGAUCCGCGAGAAGCGGGACGGGAGUGAAGACGAGGGACCAGAUCAGAUGUUUCAGGACUUUCCCAAGGACCCGAACCGGCAGCGUGUCCCGGCUGAGCUGCACAGGAGCAAUCAAACGGCGGUCGAAGACGCCGAGAAGAUCAGCCGGGUCUUCUGCGUCUUUCUCUUGCUGUUGUUUGGCGGCUUGUUGUACGUGCUGAACCCGUUCCAGAGCGACCCGUACGGCCGCCCCGAUGGGUACGGGAUGACGGAGCGUAAGCUGGUCUACGGCAGCAGCGACCUCGCCUGCAACAACAGCAGCAGCGGCCGCCGACGCGAAGAAGAAGAUAUGCGGAGCAUCAGACGGCUCGCGUAG